AUGUGUCCAACCAAAGAAAUUUUACCCAACCAAUUCUUCUCUGCCCCCUCGAAAGAGGAAUUGAAGAAAACGUACGUCGGCAAACAUGUGGCGGAAUUGCCCACUCCUUCUUUGUUGAUUGAUCGCCCGGUUUUUGCAGCCAAUUGCCUGAGAAUGCUUGAAAAUGCCGCAAAGUUGAAAGUAGACUUUCGUUGUCAUAUCAAGACACACAAAACUGUCGAGGGCACUUUGCUCGAAUUGGGAUAUGGUUUGGAUGGAAAUCCUCACAACGCUACCUCGAAGAUAGUCGUAUCUACGUUGGCCGAAGCUUGGGCUACACUUCCUCUCAUCCAGGACAAGAAAAUCGAUAAUGUUUUGUACGGAUUACCCGUUGCCAAACUGAGAUUGGGUGAGCUUUACGAAUUUUCCAAAGUGGUGCCAACUUUGAUAGUCAUGACCGAUUCCGUCGAGCAGAUUGAUGCAAUGGUGGAAUUUAGUAGACUGCAAUCGAUUAAAUGGAACAUUUUUAUCAAAGUCGAUGUGGGAACUGCAAGAGCUGGUCGCGUGUAUGAUAGCUCUGAGUUGAAACUGCUUAUUGAGCACGCUCUUAGCGCUGAUGUCAGGGAGCACAUCAGUAUUUAUGGAUUGUACGGACAUUGUGGUCAUUCAUACAAGGCACGCGACAAGGCUGCCGCACAAGAGUGCUUUGUGGAAGAGGUAAAGAAGACUAGCUAUGCUUUGAAAGUGAUCCGCGAAAUAGAUCUGAAACUCCGUCCUGUCGUCUCCGUCGGUGCCACUCCAACUGCGCAUUUUGCCAGUGAGAUUGACUCCACUCAAACUCUUCAAUCGAUUCUUGGUGAAGACUCUUGUGAAAAUCUCGAGUUGCACGCGGGAAACUAUGCUUGUUGUGACUUGCAACAAGUUGGCACUGGGUUGGUUGCUGAGGAAAAUACUUCUCUUUUUGUUUUGGCUGAAAUUUUGUCUUCAUACCCUCAAAGAAACAAUUUCGUUCCUGGUGAACAGCUUAUCAAUGCCGGAUGCAUUGCUCUCGGAAGAGAGCCAGGACCCUUUCCGGGCUUUGGAAAAAUCGUGGAUCCUCUAAAGUAUGGCCAGUGGAUUGUCAAAUCGGUCAGUCAAGAGCACGGGAUUUUGUCUCCAGAGCAAGAGGAUUGCAGUUUCAUCCCCUAUGGAACGAAAGUCAAGAUCUUGCCCCAGCACGCAUGUAUCACAGCUGCGGCUCAUGGAUGGUACUUUGCUGUAGAAAAUGAUAUUGUUGUUGAUAUUUGGGUUCCCACAAAAUUCUGGUAG